AUGCAACCCAGAACACCAAAAGGCCGGAAGCUUGUGACCUAUGGAAGAUCCACCAGAGACCAGAUCUGUGGAAAUGACUCAUCCAGCAUCUCAUCAUUUUCUGCAAUAUUCAAUGAGGGUGGAGAGUCAGAUGUGUCUUCCAGGUUGAACUCUGUUACCAACACUGAAGAGCAGCAACAGUUGAACAAGAAUAGAGACCUUCGAUCCCCAAUCACUCAGCUUUCUGGCGUGGAAGGUUCCAAAAAAAACACCGAUGAAAAUAUAUAUGACCUUCCAUCUAGUGACGGGAUGGAAGAUCAUGGGAAAGGCAAAAAAAAGCGCAGGAAGCUUGUCUCUGAUCCACAAAACCAGCCGACCCAAAAGCCUACCGUCCGCAAUGUCCGUGGUAACUCUCAGCUCGAUGUUUCUGCUGGCAGUCAUGAAACCAGUAAUACUCGUCCGAGGCCUAGAGUCUCUUCUCGAAAUCCAAGUCAGACUCGACAUCGUGGACGAGAACCAUCAACAGCGCAUGGUACUAAAUGCGACAUUCCGAAAUCUGCCCAGAUAGAAUUACACUCAGGCUCUGCUAUGCAGCGGUCUUGCAUUCCAAAUAUUAGUCUUGGGGGAAACGAUCAUCCUGAACGAAAUCGGGGCGGCUCAGAAACUUCCCGCUUGCAGUCCUUGCCAGAGAUAAAUAGAGAGUACGAGGGAACAGUGCCUAGUCGAAGGAGACUGAUCGACUCGUUAGAUGCGACUAAGAAAUCAGUCAAAAAACCAUCAACAAUUUCUGACUCUGACAAUGAAGCAAAUUCCGCACAGAUUUCUUUUUCCAGUGCAGUGAAGGGAAAUAAUAUGUCAUACGUGCAACCCAGACAAAUAUUGUCUAGUACUACUCUCCACAAUACGAGCAACAACCAAGAGUCCACUACUGCAAUCCCUGUGGAUUCGCGGCGAUCUAAAGUUACAUAUGCACGCCAACGAUCCUUCAUGGGUGAUUUGCAAAUCUCUGGAGAACUGAAGGGUCAGGAUCGUUUAUUAUUUUCAAUGGAUCAAAAUCACCCUAUCCAGCGACAGCCUACUACUGAAAUUAUGCCUCGUACCUUUUUGCACAUCAAUGAUGAUGAAAAUAAUGACAGUGGGCCUGUUCGAAGCAUUCAUGAACUAAGACAGGCUGGGGAUGACGCUCGCUUUCGGGGCGCGGUUGAUUCCAUGUUCGAGGAUAUAGAAGAUCCUUGCAACCCAGGAGCUGGGAAAUGCAAUAGUUUGGUCCAGUUGUGUAUAAAACUUCUGGAUUCUCAAUUUGCACGUCGCUUUUCUGAACACGGCUUCGAAACGCGACUCGUGGAACAUGUCACCAGUAGCCUGGAUAUUGUCUCAACCUCCUUUGCUUUAUGCGGUUAUCUGUUGAUUUUCGCAGGUCGCUCCAUACCUUCUAGAAUCUUGGAUUCUUUCUGGCCCAGACUCUUGGUUAUAGCCCCUAAACUACUCGGCAUAAAAGACGAUAUAUUGCCCCUGGUAAAACGUCAAUUUGGCUCAUCAAAAUUUGUUCAAAAGUCCGUUCAAAAUUCAAUCCCACAAUUGUCAUCUGCAAUUUUUAGUCCACCGCAGUCAUCGAAGAUUUCCCCAUGCUUCCUGGCACUCCGAUGCAUUCAACUUACCUUGUCAAACUUUCGAAAAGGCGACAGAAUUGAACCUGUUUCCAGCAUAAUACUUGACCAACUCGUUCAAUUACUGAUAGUGGAAAGCUCAGCUGAGGCAGCAAAUUUUCUAUUGUCACCAGAAGACUUCCAUAUUUUGGCCUUGGCGUUUUCAAUAUUGGAAUCCUAUACAGUUCUAUCAGGCACAUUGGCAUAUGGAUACCGUGACUCGUUUAAACCGCUUUCCCGACUUUCCAAUUUUCUUGACAUGAGUUGGUAUGGCUUUAAUGACCGAGGUCGACCAAUUUUGGCUCUUUAUAUUCGGGUGAUUCUGAAUAUCACCAACAAUGAUUCGUCGCUUUGUAGCGAGUUUUCUACGCCUGGAAUAGUCGAGGGGCUAGUCAAUAUCAUUACAACAGAAACCCAGGAUGAAUCUGAGGAUUUCCUUGCCGAAGAAAACAACUCGCUGAAUACCGUGAUUUUGGCUCUUGGGGCUCUUAUAAACUUGGCAGAGAAAAGUGAAUCAUCGAGAGCCGUCUUUCUAAAUCCGGUCUCCCCAACCUUCCUUCAACUGCUAUUGCGACAGUUUUUUGCUGGAAUUAACACCGUCCCAAAGGCCCAUUCUGUUCUCGAAGUCCAUCAUAACGUUGCCAUUGGAUAUUUAUCGACACUUUUAGUAACGCUUUGUUUAAAUGACGAAGCACGCUCGCAAGUCAUGGGGUCUUCACAUGGAGAAGGGCUUGCAAUAGUCCUAUCAACAGCUGAUGAAUUUCUUCAUUACCACCAAAAAGUUGAGCAGGACCACCAUCCAUUUGAGACAAGUUGUGAUAAGAUGACUGGGUUCACAACACGCUUAAAAGAUAUCAUCUGUCAAGUUAAAGAGCUUGCAAGUUUUUAA